AUGUUAUCAAAUCCGCUUCAACGUUUCUCACCUUACCAGAACAUCACUUCCUCCAACAUCUCACCUGAUGGAAACGUCCAGUCGGGCGCCAUGUCGGGCGGAAAUUUGGAUUCACUCGGCCAAAGUCACCAGUAUCCGAUUCAACCACUCUCGCAAGCUGUACCGCUUUCCAAUUCACAUAUCGAGAGGUCAGGAGCCCAAGUCAAGAACCGACAACACCCGUACGGAGUUCAUCCGCGAAGCGGCAGUACUUCAGGGCCCAUCAGGAGAAGAAUCAGUCGAGCUUGUGAUCAAUGUAAUCAACUCCGGACCAAAUGCGACGGCCAACAUCCUUGCGCACACUGCAUCGAAUUCGGUCUAGGGUGCGAGUACAUCCGCGAAAGGAAGAAGAGAGGCAAGGCAUCACGGAAGGAACUGGCUCAGCAGGCUGCUGCUCAAGCCGCGUCUUCCACAGGCCAAAACCUCGACGAGUCCAUGUCUGAGAAUGGCCAAUCCGGCAGCAAGGGAAUUGACACUUCGAAUAUGGCCUUGGAACAACAAUCCGACGAACGACACCAGAGUACUAGCAGCAAGUCGAGCAGAGACCCAGGCGAAGACGUGAUGCGACAUACCCAAGGCUUGGAAGGCCUCGACCACCUUGGCAACAUAAGCGAACAACCUCAUCUUGGCCGAUCAUCUUUGGACGGCGAGCAUAUCGAGAAUAACGCAGGCCUCGAUCUUAACGGCUUCGGGAACAUGGCACAUGGCUAUGAUUCGCAGGGUCUAGAAGGUCCUGUACUCAACGGUCAGCCCUAUGCUCCCAAUGGACGAGGCAACAUGCCUGGCUAUUCGGAUUUUUCAUACUCGAUGCAAGCUCAAAGUCCGCCCAACUUUGCGAGCAACUCCGCUUUUCGAAUGGGAAACAGCCCUCUCGGGUACUCAAUGGGCAAGGGAACAUCCCCUGGAUGGGGAAUAUCCAUGGCAUCACCUCCAGGUCAAUAUCAGGCUCAGGUUCCUCCGCCCAGCUUCAACAACUCCAAACUACGUUAUCCGGUUCUUGAACCAAUCAUUCCUUAUCUCAACAACAUCAUACCGAUUCCCCUCGCCUGCGAUUUGGUCGAUCUUUACUUUGCAUCUUCAUCGUCGGCGCAGAUGCACCCCAUGUCGCCAUAUGUUUUGGGCUUUGUAUUUCGAAAACGAUAUUUCCUCGACCAAACAAGACCGAGACCUUGUCAACCAGCUCUCUUGGCAAGCAUGAUGUGGGUUGCUGCACAAACGAGCGAUGCCCCAUUCCUUGCCAGCACACCCUCAGCUCGCGCCAAGACAUGCCAAAAGCUCCUCGAGCUUACAGUCUACCUCCUUCGACCGCUCAUUCAUACACCACCAAGUGAUGCGCCCAGCCCGGUUGCUGACGGUGUUGCGCUUGGCGGAUUGGGCGUAGCUAUGCCUGGGUCUAUCAGCAUGGAUGCCACGAGUGGCGAAUCGGGACCAUUCGGCGCUGCCGGAAGCCUCGAUGAUGUGAUAACGUAUAUUCACUUGGCGGUUGUCGUUUCUGCCAGCGAGUACAAGGGAGCGAGUAUGAGAUGGUGGACUGCUGCUUGGGGCCUGGCUCGCGAGCUGAAGUUAGGACGCGAACUCCCUCCUGGACCAUUGCCUGCGACUCACGAGAAUAUGGAUACCGAUGCCGCAGAUGAUGCGGAAGGCGGUGUUAGCGGCACCGGAUAUGUCGGUGAGGAGGAACGCGAGGAACGACGCCGUAUAUGGUGGCUCUUAUACAUUGUCGACCGACAUCUGGCGUUGUGCUAUAACCGCCCCCUAUUUCUCCUCGACAUCGAAUGCCAGGGUCUAUUGCAGCCCAUGAACGAUGCUUUGUGGCAAAGCGGCGAUUUUAGAAACCACUCGAACCAGACGACAGACCCCAGUUUGCUAGGAACAAGCCCCGAAGGAUACGGUGCCGACUUGAUACAAGCUCACGGACCCCAAUACGAGUGCCGUGGUCAUAGUAUAUUUGGUUAUUUCCUCCCUCUGAUGACCAUUUUGGGCGAAAUUGUUGACUUACACCACGCAAAGAAUCACCCGCGGUUCGGUGCAGGCUUUCGUCAAGGCCAUGAGUGGAAUGCGCAGACUGCUGAAAUUACUCGACAUUUGGAGAUAUAUGAACAGAGCCUUCAGGCUUUCGAGCACAAGAAUCUGCCUCGGCCAGCGGAGGAUAGAGUGGAUGCUUCGAAUGAGGGCAACGAUCGUUCAGGGGUUCCUGAUGCCAACACCCCGUCAGUUCACUCAGUGCACACCAACGGGUCGAAUCGACUUACAGAGAGCAACAUACAGACUCGCAUUGUCAUCGCCUAUGGAACUCAUGUGAUGCAUGUGUUGCAUAUCCUCCUGGCCGGAAAGUGGGAUCCCAUCAACUUGCUAGAUGACGAAGAUCUAUGGAUCUCUUCACAGGGAUUCAUCACAGCAACGAGUCAUGCUGUAGCGGCGGCUGAGGCAAUCAACCUGAUCCUUGAAUUCGACCCUGGGCUGGAGUUUAUGCCUUUCUUCUUCGGUAUCUAUCUUCUUCAGGGGUCGUUCUUGUUACUGCUUAUCGCGGAUAAGCUACAGUCGGAAGCAUCACCAAGUGUUGCAAAGGCAUGCGAGACAAUUGUGCGGGCUCACGAAGCCUGUGUGGUAACUCUAAGCACAGAAUAUCAGCGAAAAUUCAGUAAAGUUAUGCGCAGCGCUCUUGCUCAAGUUCGGGGUCGUGUACCUGAGGAUCUGGGAGAGCAGCAACAACGACGAAGGGAACUCUUGGCGGUGUAUCGAUGGACAAAGGACGGAACAGGUUUGGCCUUGUGA